GGGCGGCGGCCGGGAGCUGCCGCAGCCACGGCCGGGCCGGGAGCGGGACAACGCGGGGUCGCCGCAGGCUCCGAGCCGGGGGGAUGCUGAGCCCCGCUCCCCCCCGCAUCCCUGCGCCCGGCCAUCCCCGGCGGCCGCUCCGCGCGGGGCUGCGGGGAGAGGGGCGCGGAGCCCCCCGGUGACGGCGCGGGGGAGGGGGAGCGGGGGGCUCACGUCGCUCCUCGGACGAUGCUCCGGCCACGACCCUUGACUCCCGUUUCCCGGCGUCGCCCCGGGGAGCGGCGGCUCGGCCCGGGCACAGCAUCCCGGGCAGGAUGAGCCCCCGGCGGGGGCCCGGCGUUGGGAGGACGGCGAGGGAAGCAGCAGCAGCCCCGGAGCGGCGUUUUGCCUCGGGCCGGCGGCUCCAGGCCGGGAUGCCGAGGUGCCGCUGAAGCCGUUCCCCGCGGGGCCGUGGGCGCUGCCCCGAGCACCCUCCCGGCGGCAGGAACGAGCCGCCCUCAGCUCUUCGCAGCCGGUGAAAGGUGGAGCCCGGCCCGACCCCAUCGGAGCAUCCUCCGCCGCUGCCCCCCCCCCUCCAUCCACCGGGGUCGUUGCCGUCGGUUGUCCCGGGGGCUCCGGGGCCGCUUGUCCCGGUUCUUUGCCGGGGUAACCAUGCCAUCCCCCAGCGAUUCCAGCCGCUCGCUCACCGGCCGCACGUCCCGCAGCCUCACCCACCUCCGCGUCCAGCGCAGCUGGCUGCAGAUCCUGCUGGUGCUGGGCUUAAUCCAAGUGGUCCUGGGGGUCUUGAUCGUCGCUUUCAGCUUGGUGGCGGCCACCAUCACUCCCUCCGCUAAGAUCCGACAUUCCUGCCCGUCCUGGGCCGGUUUCUCGCUGGCGCUGUCUGGGCUCGUUGGCAUCGUCUCCUGGAAGCGGCCGUUCACCCUGGUGAUCACCUUCUUCACGCUGCUGUCGGUGCUGGGCGUCAUGCUGAGCCUCGCUGGGUCCAUCCUGUCCUGCCAGAAUGCACAGCUGGUGAAGUCCCUGGAGGCCUGUGAGAGGGAGGGGGACUCGUGUGUCUGCUGCCAGGUCACCUCUGAGCCCCCCCCAGCCUCCUGCAGCCACCAGAGCGAGAUGUUGAUCAUGUUCCCCAACCCCAACUGCAGGAGCAUCCGUGUGGCACUUAAGGACCUUCUCUUCAGUGUCUGUGGUUUAACCAUCUUCUCCACCAUCAUCUGCACUCUCUCUGCUGUUGUGUGCUGCAUCCAGAUCUUCUCCCUCGACAUUGUCCAUGUGCUUGUCCCCCAGCGCUCGAGCUCAGUGACACUGGAGUGCACGUCCCCCCCUGACACCUUCCUGCAGAGCAUGAUGGACUUUGAGGAAUUCGUGCCCCCGGUGCCACCACCCCCCUACUACCCCCCUGAGUACACCUGCAGCUCUGAGACUGAUGCACAGAGCAUCACCUACAACGGCUCCAUGGACAGCCCCGUGCCUCUCUACCCCACCGACUUCCCCCCUUCCUACGAGACUGUGAUGGGGCUGAGGGGAGACAGCCAGGCCACCCUGUUUGACUCACAGCUGACAGAGGCCUCGCACGGCUGCGCCUGCGAGCGCGUCCCCUCCAUCGUGCUCAGCGGCGAGGUCUCCAUGGACAGUGGCUCUCUGAUCAUGUCUGAGAUCAUGGACAUCCCUGGGGACAGCAGCCCUUCGGAGGACUCGUGUCUCCUGGAGCUGCAGGGCUCCAUGCGCUCCGUGGAUUACGUCCUGUUCCGCUCCAUCCAGCGCAGCCGAGCCGACUACUGCCUGAGCGUGGACUGUGUGCAGUGCAGCCACCACCCCCGCAGCCCCACCCUCACCCUGCAGGGUCCCUUCGAGGACACCCCUCAACCCCGAGCUCGAGGGGAACGCUCUUACUCCUGUUCCACCGCAGAAGCCGACCCUGGAGGCGCUUGGCUUGGAGGAGCCGUCACUCACAGCUGUAAUCGCUUGGAGGGUUUAGCUCGGUGCUCUGGGCCGUGUUUCCCUGAGGUGAGGCUGAAGGACAAAGGUUCCUUGCAAGGGAGAGGGGUUGGGAGCUCUGCCAGGCUUGGCCAAGGGCAUCUCUGCCAACCCCGGCGGAACAGCGAGGUGUCGUGUGCGGCGUCGCCGGGGCUGAGCCAGCGCCCGCUCGUCAGGUCCCGCAGCGAGCCCGGUGUCCCCACGGCCCUCUGUGCUGCAGACUUCAGGGAAGUACUUGAUACCAAAGCACUGGAGGACACUGUGUCCAACUCCUCUGCAGACACAGGGCUGUGCUCCGAGUCCUGCCUGCUCCGCCGUCCGCACUGGGACUCGCCCCGGCUGCUCCGGGCCAGCUCAGCAGGGAAGAGCAAACCUUUGCCCUCUAAGAAAUUGCCUCAGCAGCAGCUGUCAAAGACAACCACUGGCUCCUUGGGAGACCUCAAAGGUUGCCGUGGCACCCGUGGGCUGGUGGCCAGGAUCCUGCAGAGACCCAAGCGCAGCGUGGAGGUGCCCGGGCACAGCUCGCAGGGGCACAAGCAGGUUCCCUGGAGCUCUUGGCAAAGAGGAGCAGAGAGGCCCCAGGAUGGCAUCCACCUGCAGAGCUGCGGGGACCUGAGCUCCAGCUCGUCCCUUCGGCGCCUCCUCUCUGCCCGACGGCUGGAGCGUGGCCGUCCCCGGAGCCUCAGCGGGACCUGCAAGGAGAGUGUCCUCUGAGCCUGCCCCACAGCACAGCACACCCCUGCCAGGACCUUCCCAGGGUGGAUAUGAGGCUCCUGCUCUGGGCUGGGACCCUCACACGUUGCUUUGGACGUUGCUGCUGCUGCCCCGGCGGGGCCGG